CUUUUCCCGAUGAUUAUCUAUCAUCAGAACAAACUUGUUUUUAGCUUUCUUCCUUUCACCCUCUAAAUUAUUUUCUCAUGGCCGAUGGACUUGUUCCAUCGGUUCUUGGUUCCUUGAAUUCCAUCCUCCUAUCCGAGAUAGGAUCCGUGUUGUCCUGUCGCAAAGAGCUACAAGAUCUUUCUAGUGCGUUCAAAGCCAUUCAAGCCGUUCUUCGCGAUGCUGAGAGGAAACGGCGAAAGGAAGAGGCUCUGAGCGACUGGCUGGAGAAGAUCAAAGAUGUGGCCUAUGACGUGGAAGACUUGCUGGACCAGUACAAAGCCGAAUCCCUCAGACAUGAAAAUGAAGAGAGCGGAAUCCCACCUUUUGCAAAGCGGGUAUGUAACUCUGUCUUACGUACUCUUAGUGUAGAUGAAACAGUCGAUGAACUGGGCUUUCAUGUUAAAUUGGGCAUUGAGAUGGGGCGUAGAUUAAAAAAUGUUAGAGAAAGGCUCAAUGCUAUAUGUAGAGAGAAGUCUAACUUUCAUUUGGAAGAAAGCAUAGAUAGCAAGAUGGAGAUGGUGGAGAGAAAAACUAGUUCCUUGGUUGAUGAAACGGAGAUUAUUGGUAGGACUCCAGAUAAGGAAAGGAUCAUACGCUGGUUGUUAAAUGAUAUUAAUCAUGUCAGUUAUGACAUUCCCGUCAUUUCUAUAAUUGGUUUAGGGGGAGUAGGAAAGACUACUCUCGCUCAAUUAAUAUAUAAUGACCAGCGAGUUAUUGGGCACUUCUCUAAAAUGAUGUGGGUCCAUGUUUCAGAUAAUUUUAAUGAGACUAAGAUUUGUAAUGCAAUUAUUGAAGCGGUGGAGGGUCGGCCUCCUCCUGUUUUCUUGGAAUGGCAAAUGGUGCAAACUCAUCUACGGAAUGUCUUGAAAGGAGAGCAAUAUUUUCUUGUGCUUGAUGACAUCUGGAAUGAAGAUGAAGACAAGUGGGAUAAAUUGAGGCUUCCUUUGAAAGACGGGGAUAUUGGAAGUAGAAUUUUGAUCACCACUCGCAAUAAAACCGUGGCAAAAACUAUGCGAGCCACGAAGUGGCAUCAACUGGCACCCCUAUUAGAAAGAGAUUCUUGGUCAUUGUUCAGUCACAUUGCUUUUGGGGAAAGAAAAACAGAGGAAAAUGCUGAGUUUGAAGAAAUUGGCAAAGAAAUUGCAAGAAAAUGUGACAGAAUACCUCUUAUUAUAAAGAGAAUAGCAAAUGUGUUGCGUUUCCAGAGGACGAAAAGGGAGUGGGAGCAUGUGUUGGAGACUGAAACAUGGGAUUUUCCAAAUGUUACAAGAGGCAUUGUAUUUGACCUUCAAUUAAGCUAUGAAAAUAUGCCCCCGUACUUGAAGCGUUGCUUUGCCUUUUGUUAUGUAUUUCCGAAGGAUCAUGUUAUAGAGAGGGAGACAUUAAUUAAGUUGUGGAUGGCCCAGGGCUUUCUUCCAGAGGAAAGUGCAGCAAUGGAAUGUACAGGCGAUGGGUAUUUUUACGAUUUACUAGGGCGAUCCUUGUUUGAUGCUCCUAUUACAGACCGCUUUGGCAAUAUCAUGCACUUUCAGAUAAUGGAUGUUGUUCAUGAGUUCUUCCAAACUGUCAUGAGAGAAUGCUAUACCAUGAACAUGGAAUUGUCGAACAACAUCCCCCUGCAUGUGCGCCAUGUCUCAUUGAAAUGCAGUGACGAUUUAUCUUCAAUUCCAGGAAACUUGUGCAAAGCCAAGAAUCUGCGCACGCUCCUGUUCAUUGGGUGGUCAAGAAUCACUGUGCUGGCUGAUGAUUUUUUUGAAAAUUUCAGGUACCUCAGAGCAUUAGAUUUGAGUGGUACAAAAUGUUCUCAUCUUCCAAAGUCCUUGAAGAACUUGAAACUUUUAAGAUACCUUAACUUAUCUGCUACUGAAGUUGCGUUGCUGCCUGAUUUCAUAUGCGGACUGUAUUUGUUGCAAACCUUGAAACUUAAUGCGUGCCGCCAACUGCCUGAACUUCCCAAAGAGAUGUGGAAACUGGCAAGGCUAAGACAUCUGGAAAUUGAAAAUACCUGGCAAUUGCAGGCUUUACCCCAUGGGAUUGGAAGAUUAACUUCACUUAGAACAUUGUCAAAGUUUAUUGUUGGGAAAGGGAUGGAAUGCAGGAUUGGGGAACUUAAAAACCUCAAUCUCCUCCAAGGAAAGUUAGCAAUAUACCAUUUGGAGAGGGUGUUAAAUGAGAGUGAUGCCAAGGAAGCAGAACUAAUGAAUAAGAAACACCUUCGCCACUUGGAAUUGUAUUUUGGCCGGGGACUGUCAGCACUAGUGUUUGGAAGUUCAGAAAUGUCAGUCGGGAUUAAAGAAAAGAUCAGUGAGGGUGUGUUGGAAGGCCUUCGGCCCCAUACAAAUCUAAAAGAGCUGAAUAUAUCAGGUUACAUGGGAUUGAAAUUCCCGGGAUGGAUGGAAGAUGCAUUGUUCUCCAACCUAGUUAAUGUGACUCUUCGUAACUGCCAUGACUGCAUAAAACUACCAGCACUUGGGACACUUCCAUCCCUUAAAUACCUUACCAUAGCAGAAAUGACUAAGGUGGAAUUCAUCGGUCCGGAGUUCUACGGGAACAUCGACGGUAGAGACGUAACAGGUGCAGCUCCAGCAUUCCCCAAGUUGGAGACACUCGUUUUGAAUGGAAUGGCAACAUUGAGGGAGUGGGUUGGGAGUGAAGAUGGAGGAAUGCCGUCUCUCCUUGAACUACGUAUUGCAAAUUGCCCCAUGUUAAUGAAAGUGCCCUUAUUCCUUCAUGGUAAACUGUGGAAAGUAGAUAUUGAAUUACCAAGCAAAUACUGGACAUCGUGCAUUUCAGAAUCUGUCGAGUGUUUGGUUGUAGACGGCAUCAGUGGCAGGCUUAUGUCCUUCAGAAACAACAUUGAGCCCUACAUCAGAGACAUCGAUAUGAUCCACCUGCCGUUAUCUUGGAACCUCAAGUACUUGGUGAUUAAAAACUCACCAUAUUUUGAGUUUCCCGUUGGGAUACAAAAUCUCCCUGGGCUCCAGAUACUCCACGUUACAAACUGCCGAAAACUGACACAUCUGCCUAAAGAGCUCAGAGACCUCUGUAACCUUCGUCAACUGAAGGUCAUGCACUGUCCAAAUUUAGAAAAAUGGUGUGGAAAAUAUGCAGAGGACGAUCAGCAACUAGCAAUGUCACACAUCCCUAAUAUCUGGAUCGGCAACCGAGAGAUCAAGCGAGAUGGGCAAGAAAUCGCUGGACAUGAAGUGGCGGAAUGACGCAUCGGGCCUGAGGGAUUCAACUGUAGUAAAACAGUUGCAGAUAUCAAUCUACACUAUCCAUCAAAUGAUACUCCUCUUCCAAUCAACACUGACGCCGGAAAGUCAUAACAGUCGGUAAGUUGUGGCUGAAGGUGGAGCAACCAUGGAGGUUUGUUACCACACUUCUCCCGCAUUUAUUUUGGAUUGUAAGGCAUGUAUGCCAAUGUGUGUUGGUGUGAAACUCUUCAACUCCAAGGACAGUAUACUUUGGAUUUUUAAGGCCUGUAAUGGUGUGAAAUUCUCUACUCCAAGCACAGUAAGACUGUAAUAUUUGUGUUGUGUGGAUGUUUC